AGCGGAGACCGGCUCUCGUUGUUGUGUGUUCGCGAGUUGCGUAAGGAAAGAUCGGCUCUCAUUUUGUCCGAAGGAAAGAGAGAGAAAGAUUACGUCGUACGAUGUGCUGCUGUUUGGAGAGAAGACGAUUAGGGACUUUUACGGUCGUAAGAGCGAGACGGAGUGACGUCGCCGCCGUGCGAUGAAUGAAAAGCGCGACGAGAGUUGAGAGACCGUGCGGGAUGGUGUAAGAGGGACGCGGGAUUUGAUUGAUUUAUAUUUUGUGCGGCUGGACUUGAUUUAAGCGCGUGAGAUAAAUCCCUUUGUGACGCUGCAGGGUUUCAUUUGGUGCCGAUCUGAGAACAAUGGGACGUGAAUUUACUUAUAUUAAUUUUGGACGUGGUUUUAAUUGAACGUUGAGCUUUAUUACUUCGAAGCGAAGUACUUAUAAAGUGUAAAAGGAAGUCGUGCAAAGCUGCAAGUGGUAAUUUGAGAGAUAAUGAUUGUGGUUUGUGAAUUUUUCUCGAGAUGUAAACGAUCCCUAAUUCGCAGCUAUAAAAUGUUUACUUAUACUUAUAUACUUAUAUAGUUUGAGCACGCCCCUUCCUUUUUUAGAGAAGCGAUAUUUUCCUCGCUUAACGCUAGCUUAAAACCCAUACCGAUCUUCUUCGAUUUUCCGCGUCGUACGAAACAUUGUAAAGCCGAUUAAAAAUCGAUCCUCCACCACCGAAAAUAACUCCUCGAAAACGUGUUUACCCUGACAAAUUACCGAGCAGACGUCCAAUGGUCGGGUCGUUGGCACGCCUGAUUUCCUUAGCGCAGCGAUCUAAUUACUCAUCGUCGAUCGAAGCUUAGCUGCAGCCUAUAUACCGCACACACCCGUGUAUGUCCGCAAGUAGAACGCGGAAGGGGCUGCCAAAAAUCGUCGCAGAGAAGGAGGGCCGAUCGAUAGAUCGAUCGAAGCGCGUCUCUGCUGCCGAUCGCAGUCUUGUGAGCUCCGUCGUCGGAGACCGAUUUUUUGCAACGACGUGAGCGUGAAUUCUCUCUCUCUCUCUCUCUCUCUCUCCCUUUGUCGGUGGAUUUAGAUUUCUUGGAAUUUAUUUCGUCGAUCUUCUUUUUACGCUUUGUGCGAUCGCGGCGAGAGUUCGUUCGUUGCCGUCCGACGACACAUGCACUCACACACACGAGACAUGUAUUACUACUGGCCGAGGGAUUUCGUAGCGACGCCGCGAUAUGGACAUUCGCAUGGCGUCCUGUCGCAACAACCAAAAAUGUCAGAGGCACAAGAGGUCUCGUCUGCAGUGGAGAGAAGAGAGAGCAAUGCCACUGAGAUCACAAGACAAAAAAGCGAAAUCAACGAAGAAAGAGAAGAGGACGAGCAGCGCGAUGAGUCUGAAACUCAAAAGUCAGAGUCCGCAGCCACGACGCCGCGGUGCGACGAACCUACUGAGAAGAAGCUCUUCGGCGGCGGGGGAGCCGUGCCAGACGUGCAUCAGAGACCCGCCGGCCAGCAGCAGCAGCAGCAGCAGCAGAAGCCAGUAGCAGCGGCACCAGCAACGCGACAGCAAGUCGGUGAGUGCAAUUUACUGCCAGUAUUAGUUGAGCGUCUGCGUUCGGCCCUGGAGCUCUCCUGCAGCUCGAGCAGCUGCGACGACCAGCUGCCGCUCGAGGACUCGGGCGUCGAUUCCGAGGAGGACUUUCGGCUCUGGAACACGGCCGGACUCGUCGCCGCCACCGGAGCCGCAGCUACCACCGGAAAGCCCAAGCUCGACCUCAAGUUCCUCGAGGACAUCCUGCUGGCGGACAUUCACACGGCUCUGGCCAGGCUCCAGGACACGCUCAAGCGCGUAGACAUCGGCACGCUCACGCGGUACAACGCCAGCCUCGACCCCUCGAACAAGCUCUACCUGCUCAGGCUCAUCUCGAACCUGCUGGCCAAGCUCAAGGUGCCCGAGGAGGCGAUCGUCCAGGGCGACGAACCGGAACACGGCGCCGCGCACCAGGGCAGGUUCCACAACCGACGGCGCAAGAACGAGAGACACACCAUCGGCGUCUCAGCCGAGGAGAUAGCCCGAGCGAAGAGAUGGUUUGACGAGAAGAGCGUCAGCUCCAACGACUCGUCAUCGCCGUCGCGGGUCGAGGGCAUCGCCGACAAGGACCUCGUCGUCGGCAGUAGCAGCAUCGAGAGGAUAGUCGAAGGCGCGCCGAGCGCCACUGCCGUCGAGACGCCCGCGAUCGAGGACAAGCUCGUCGUCCUGCAGGAGACAGCGCCGACGCCGAUGAAGCCUGGCACCUUCAGCGACAAGUGCAUGAAGGACGCCAUUAACCAGCAGCAGUGCAAGAGCAACCGCGAGCAGGAGAACAGCGCCAGGUACGACCCGCUCGAGAGGGUGCUCACCGCGCCGAGGAGGUUCGACGGCCUCUGCAAGGACGACAGCUCCAUCGCCGACGGCUUCCAGGAGCGCAGCGCCGCCUCGUUCUACCAGCAGCAGCAGCCGCAUCACUCCGGUCCGAGGCACAACAAGUUCACGGCCAAGAAGUCCAAGAUCAAGCGCGCCAACACCAUCGACAUACCGAACUACCUGAAGCUCAAGAGCGACAGCCCCGACCAGGUCCAGAACGGCUGCUUCGCCCUCAGGAGGCCCAUCGACGUCGGCGAUAGACUGACCAACGGCCAUCACCAGCGAGUCGUGCCGUCGUUCGAGCCAAAGACGGAGAACGACAGGAAGUUCCUCGCGCUGAUCAACAAGAACAACAGCAACGCCGAGACGGCCACCAGCCAGACGGCCAACGGCAGCCCGUUCAAGAGCUUCAACUACCGGCAGGCCGCGACGGUGGCCGACAAGAACUGGAGCAACCGCUUCUGGAACAUCAAGACGAACUUCGACAAGCCGACGAGGAGCGAGGGCGAGGAGGAGCUUCCCCGGAAGCCCGGCAAGCUGGACGUGCGCAAGAAGUUCGAGAAUCGGGACGACAGCCUCGAGCGGGAGGCUAUGCUCGUCGGCUCGCUGAGGGUCAUGCCGCAGAAACAGGUCAACGGCUUCACCCACGCUCCGACCUCGCCCUUCCAGAAGAUCGAGAAGCCCGUCGCCAAGCAGCCCGAGACCGGACCGCCGUUCCUCAAGGCCGCCGGCUACAUGCCCAAGAACAACAACAUGCUGCAGGCCAAGCUCAAGAUGUUCGACCAGGAGCCGGCCAAGAGCAACGCGGAGACCAGGGCGAAGAGCAAGUUCGGGAAGCCUCCGGAGAACAAGAAGCCUUCAGCGCCCUCGCAGCCUCUGGAGAACGGACAGCUCAACUACUACUCGUUCUGCAAGCAGUUCGCUCCGUUCGCCAGCGGCAGGAGCAACGCCAACGAGGGCAAGUCCAACGUCAACUCGACCAAGUCCAAACUGCUGGAGAACAUCCAGAAGGAGACGGACAAGCCGGAGCCGGCGAAGCGGGACAGGCCGAAGGUGCCAACGACCCAGAGCAGCAGCCAGCAGCACGACUUCUCGAAGCAGUACUCGUACCACAAGCCCUACGAAGGCUACGCCUACCAGGACUACAGGCAGCUCGAGAAGAAGCCCCAGUUCAACAGUCCUCGCGGGAGCUUCCAGGCUCAGGAGGCCGACUUCGUCAAGCCCGAGAAGCCGCCCAGGAGGUUCGCCGAGGCCUCCACCCAAAACGUGGCGGUGCAGACGACUCUGGAGUCCUGCACCGACAGACGGCCGUCCGCGCCGGAGCUGCUAGUUAGCUCCAGCGUCGAGCACCCGGUACCGCAGCCUAGGAAGCGCAACAGCGUCUCCGUCCAGACGACCAGUCCGAGCCUCCUGUCGCCGGUCAACUACAACGCUCAGACCUCGACCAGUCCCAGCAUCACCUCGCCCAUACCCCACGCGCAUCAGGCCUUCAAACCGGCCAACUACUCCGGCUACCACGCGCCGAUGCCCGCCGACCAGGUGCCGAGAAACUACUACAGCAACGGCUCGAGCUACGACUAUAACGCCUACCCGUGCAAGAGCAACCAGCACGAGGUUCUCUCACCGAAGCCGACUCCGGCGGUACCGGAAACGCCCCAGCUUCAGGGCAUCUCGCAGAAGCUCUACAACGAGUUCAGCAAGCUGCCCGACAGCAACCCCGCGCCCAGAGGGCCCAGCUUCGACUACGGCAAGAUCGACGCUCCGGCCUGCGACGAGGCCAAGAUCCUGGCGUUCAAGCCGACCGUCUAUCCCUACGAGGAUCCCGUCGGCAAGCCUCUCCCUGACGUGGUCGAGGAGAACAUCGAGAACCAGGACAUCAGCUCCGACGGCAUCGUCACCCGCUACACCUGUGCCAUAGCCACCAUCUCGCCGGACAGCCCCGAACCCGCGAGCGACAAGGCUCCGCGGUCCUACGAGCCGGUCGUGCCGCGCAUCAAGGAGCCGCAGCCACAGCCCCACUUCGCCGAGACGACGAACGUCGGCUGCAACCUCGACGAGAUCCAGCGUCACAACAUGCUCCAGCAGCAGCUCAUCCGUCGCAUGCAGACAGAGCCGGCGACGGAGAGGAUCGUCGCCCCGUCAAACCGACGAUUCUCCCAGGAGAUCGGCCGCAAGGAGAACCGAUCGCCUGCCGUCAGUCCCUCGUCGACCCCGUUCUCCAGUGCCAAUUUCCCGGGGCGCGUCUGCGCGCUGAAAGCCCUCAAUGAGAGCCACAAGGCCCAGGAGAAGAUCCACAUGUUUGAGGAGAAGCGCAACAGCGGCAGCCAGCAGCUCUUCCGGCCGCUCAACGUGCCGCCCAAGGUGAGCGUGGUGAACCCGAGCUCCGUGCUGCGCCAGGAGCGAUCGCCGAUCCGCAACGCCUCGCCGAUCGACUCGAGCGACGAGUACCUCAUGUCCUGCGCCAGCAAGCCGUCGCGCAACCUCGUCCUCUCGAAAUCCGAGUCCUGGCACCAGCUGGCCCUGGCUCGGGGAGCCGGUGGCCUGGCCCCGGUGAGCCAACUGAAACCGCCCAAGCCCAAGUCUCCCUCUUCUCUGAGACUGUCCAAGCAGUUCGAGGCCUCCUCGGCGUCGGACAACAUGCGCAAGAUGGAGGAGAAGAUCCAGAGAUACUUCCAAGGCAGUGGCGGUGCUGCUACUGCUGCUGCUGCUGCUUCUGCUUCUGCUGCUCCCGUCAACUACUCUCACCACGAGGAGACCACGACGAAGAGCAAAGCCAAGAGCAAACGCAAUCUCCAGAACAAGAAGAGCAUGAACAGCCUGAUGCGCAGCCACACGAUGCCGCACCUCUUCGACGACAGCGUCGACGUCGACCAGGCCUUCGACAGCAUCUUCAAGGAGGCCACUCGCGCCGACAAUCGACACUGAUGAUUUUUUUUCGCGAUCGUAUACAGCUAAUGUAUACUCGCAGUACGAACUCUUUUUUACACGCUCAGUCGCUUCCGCACGCGCGUUAUAUCGUAUGUACAUAUAGACUGAUCCGAAGUGACGGGACAAAGUGCCUGAUGUGUGGAAGCGCCCGCGAGAACUCUAUCAGCGAAGAACGAAGUUACACAUUGUGAUAUCUAUACUUUUACUUGAGGAGAGAUGAAGAAGAGGAAGAAGGAGCUUCUUUGAUAAAGAUAUACCGUCGAUGUACGCUCUCCGAGAUUUUAUUUUUUUGUUCGGACUCUUACGACGAGUCCCUUAUACGCACGUGUAUUAUAGGAAAAGAGCGAGAUGAGAUAGAUAAUUGAGAAAGAGAGAUGCAAGUUUUUUUUAAAUGUCGUGUCUGAUGUGUGUUUCCGAAGCCCUGGAUUUAUAGAGACGGACGUUGCGUUCGAGGCAGCCCCGAAUAAGCACACCGAUAAAGAAGCCAAUGUCACCGUUCGCCAAAUUUCGCCAACUUGAUCGGCAGAACAGUGCGCCUUGCUCGCCGAGCACUCCAAAAACGCCGGGGAAGGAGUUUCAGUUUAAAUUUACCGAUCCCACGGUGCAAAACAACGCCGCAUUGAUAAAGGAACGACUGCUGUCGUGGUGCCGCGCCAAAACCAAAGAAUACGAGAACGUGCAGCUGGACAAUUUCUCAACAAGCUGGAGCAAUGGUCUAGGUUUUUGCGCUCUCAUCCAUCACUUUCGGCCCGAUGCUUUUGACUAUCACAGUCUUCGAUCCGAGGAUCGCAGAAAGAAUUUCGAGCUAGCAUUUACAAAGGCCGAUGAAGUGGCAGGAAUCGCUCCACUACUCGAUGUCGAAGACAUGGUGAUGAUGCGUCGUCCAGAUUGGAAGUGCGUGUUUACAUACGUCCAGUCGAUCUAUCGCCGCUUCAAGGACGAGGAUUAACUUCUAGGAUGAUAUCGAUGUAUGCGUUGUUAUUUGUAAACGUAUUUGGUCGUUUUGUUGUUUUCGUUGCCAACGGAACUUUUGGAGCAGACGUCGCACACUAUACACAAUUGCUGAUCACUGGAAACGGCUUACAAGAAUUGUUAAUAAUUAUUAUUUAUAUAUAACAAACACACCAGCGCAAACGGAUACACAUACGCAAGUGCUUCACACGCGACGACAUAGGGAAUCCUGUGUAUUUUGUACUACCGGCGUCUUUGUGCUGCAAAGAUAGAAUUUAUGUUUAUAUGUUUAUACAGGAAUCUCGCUGCGUUUAACUGUUUCUUUUUUUUAUAUAAGUUAAUAUAUUAAACUGUUUGAAAAAGACAAUCAACGAAAAGAAUAGUCAUUGUUAUUUUUUUUACAAAACACCCUUUAUUUCACGUUUUAUAUUAGUUAAAUACAUAGUUACGCUACACUUAUUUAUUUAUUUUUUUUUUAUUCUCAAUAAACGUUAACUGGAAAUUAUCACAAUGAACACGUGUAAUUAAUUACAACUAAAAUAUGAAUCAGGAUGAAAAAAAUUAUUCAUGUAAAAGCACGCCAACGUGUGCUUAAUUUGAGUGUUUUAGAAUAGAAAUAAAUGCGAAUCUUUAAAAGAUACUCUAAGAAAAACAAAGGUGGACAAACCACGGUAAUCUUAAGGUUUAUAAAACCACAAAAAUGUGUUAGUCAGUUUCUGGUAAUCAUGAUCUUUCUUUACACCGGUAAGAAAAACUUUUAAGUAUUGUACUAGUCUGUUUUUUUGAAUUAUAUACACAAAAAA